GCGGGGGCCCAGCCCGGGGCCGGAAGAUGGCGGCGGUCGGACCCGGCACCGGCGGCGAGCCCGAGCAAAGAGAGAGGAGCCGGGCCACGGUGUCCACUCCAUCCAUGGACGUCAGGACCAUGUUCCUUCUGCUGCACUCCGUCACCGAGGACAACAUCCGCUUCUUCAGGCUCAACCCCACGGAGACGGCCCGGCGCUUUGUCACUGCCUUCUCUCAGAUCCAGGAGCACGGCCGCCACCUCCAGCCGCUGGUGCAGAGCUUCACCGGGAUCUUCCCCAUCUUUGACUUUGACGAGCGGACGCCGGCCAACGGCUACCGCAGCCUCAUCAAGGUGGUGCGCUCCUGCAUCCUGCACAUCAUCCACAAGUCACGCUACAUCUCCGCCAACCGGCGCAGCAUCUUCUUCAGGACCAACCACAACUGCAUGGAGAUCGAGGCCUACUGCUCUGCCCUCUGCCAGCUCCGUGCCCUCGUCUACUUUGCCCAGAGGCUGCUGACCGCCAACAAGCACGGUGACCUGUUCUUUGGUGAGGAGAAGGGGCUCUCAGAGGACUUCCUGCAUGAGUCCAACUCCAUGCACAAGGGCUGCUUCUAUGGGCGCUGCCUGGGUUUCCAGUUCACCCCCGCAAUCCGACCUUUCUUGCAAACUAUCUCCAUCGGACUGGUAUCGUUUGGGGAGAACUACAGGAAACAUGACACUGGCUUGGGCGUGGCUGCCACCUCCAUCUUCACCAGUGGCAAAUACGCCAUUGACCCCGAGCUACGCGGCUCCGAGUUCGAGCGACUCACUCAGAACCUGGACGUGCAUUUCUGGAAGAGCUUCUGGAACAUCACUGAGACCGAGCUGCUGGCGUCUCUGGUGACUCUAACCUCGACCACGGUGCGUGUGAACAAGACUCUGGCCGUCCCACCCAACCCCUUCAAGCUGUCGAUGCAGGCUGACCCCAAUCUGACGGUGGACAUUAGCCCUCCCGUGGCGCACUCUGGCCCGGGGCCGGUACACAUGAGGCUGAUCUCCUACGAGCUGCGAGAGGGACAGGACAGCGAUGAGCUGAAUGAACUCUGCAAACCUGAGGCACAGCUGGCUCUGGACAUCCGCCUGACAACUAAGCGGGCUCCACGGUCCAAGUUCCUCAUUGUUCAUUUCCACGGGGGAGGGUUUGUGGCUCAGACCUCCAAAUCCCAUGAGGCCUACCUGAAGAGCUGGGCCCAGCAGCUGAACUCGCCGAUCCUGUCUGUCGAUUACUCCCUGGCCCCCGAGGCCCCAUUCCCACGCGCCCUCGAGGAAUGCUUCUUCGCGUACUGCUGGGCCGUGAAGAACUGCCACCUGCUGGGAUCGACGGGAGAGAGGAUCUGCCUGGCCGGGGACAGUGCCGGUGGGAACCUUUGCCUCACGGUGUCGAUGCGAGCUGCCUCAUAUGGAAUCCGCAUGCCAGACGGGAUCAUGGCCGCUUACCCAGCAACCCUGCUGCAGGCCAGCGCCUCGCCAUCCCGUCUACUCACCUUCAUCGACCCACUGCUGCCCCUCAGUGUGCUCUCAAAGUGUCUGAGUGCGUACGCAGGGACGGAGGCUGCAUCCAGUAGCUCCAGGAAUACCCACAAGACGGAUUCCCUGAGCCUGGUUCGGAACGAUGUGGCAGCUCUCCUGCUCCGAGACAUGCGACUGGGAGCCUCGGCCUGGCUCAACUCCUUCAUUGACAGCAGCAAGAGCAGCCGUAAACCGGAGACAGUACGGAAGAGCUGCUCCGAGGCAGCACUGACCGUCACCAGCAGCAGCACCACCACCUCCAGCAGCUCGUCCACAGACCUGGAGCAGGGCUUCGUGAUGAGCCGGACCUGCCAGGAGCUGGGAGAGAGCAGCAGCCCAGCGCCAGAGCCGCCAGCCAGGGGCGGACCGCGGGCCUCGUUCUACCAGGACGGGGGAGAGGAGGAGGAGGAGGAGGAGGAGGAGGAGGCACGGUCGCAGCCCCCCGGCCUGCAGCGGACCCAGUUCCCCGGGGGAUUCCAGCCCCUCCGCAGUCAGGCAGCGGCGGCCACCAUCAAACUGCAGAGCUCAGCCAUCGUCAGGAACCCCUUCAUGUCGCCGCUACUGGCCACCGAUGACAUGCUCCAGGGGCUGCCCCCGGUCCACCUGGUGGCCUGUGCCCUGGACCCAAUGCUGGACGAUUCGGUGAUGUUUGCCAAGCGCCUGCGGAGUGUGGGCCAGCCGGUCACCCUGCAGGUGGUGGAGGACCUACCUCACGGCUUCCUGAGCCUGUCCCACCUCUCCCGCGAGACCAAGGCUGCCUCCGCCAUCUGCGUGGACCGCAUCCGCGAGGUCUUCCAGGGCCGAGCAGCCGCCGGCCAGCCCCGCAAGCACCGCAAGCUGGAGAGGCUGGUCGCCAGGGCGCCGUCGGCGGUGGAGGUCAGGCAGAUGGCGGACCUGACGGUGGUCACCAACACCGAAAUCGGAGCCUAGACCCUCGCACCGGCUACACUCCCCCCUCGCUGGAGGGAUCUUGCUGGAGGGGAGGGGCGCCUCUCCGAGACCACGCCGAACGCCCGCCGUUUCCCUCUCACCGGGGCGCAGAGCCCUCGGAACGGGCACUCACUGUUAACAGGGCUGAGGGACUGCGCACUGAGCUGAGCUGCCGGUGUGCACGGUGAGCCAGGGACGGUGUGUGAGACCCUGGUGUCGGGCCUGGGGCUGACGGAGCUCCCUGAGCCACACCGGGGCUGGGUGAUAGCCCACAGCACAAUGCUUCCUUUCAGCCAGGACUGGGGCUGGGGAGGUGCAAUUCACUUCACCCCCAUCAGUCAGAUGCUGCCUUCAUGUGUUUGUACAUGCCUGUCUGCCUGUGUGUAUCUGACAGGUCUCUGUGGGGACACAUAGUCUGUCUGUUUGUAUUUUCCUGUGUGUGUGUCUGUGUGUGUGUGUGUCUGUGUGUGUGUGUGUGUUUGUGUUUGUGUCUGUGUGUCUGUGUGUGUGUGUGUGUACAUGCACCCAUAUAUUUGUAUCUAUGGGUUUGUAUUUACAUAUAUGUGUGCCUGUGUGAGAGAGUGUGUGUGUAUAUACAUGUGUAUGUGUCUCUUUAUAUUUGAUGGUUUGUGUUUGUGUGUGUAUAUAUAUACACAUGCAUAUGUCUGUUUGUGUCUGACAGUUUGUGUGUGUGUGUGUGGGCAGGGUGUUGGUCUGACUGUGUUUUUCUGUGUGUCUAUGUUUUUAUGUUCUUGCAAGUCCACGUCUUUCCACUGACGUUAAAUUCUUCAACUGUGUACAUAAACCUGUACAUGAUUUUAAAUGAAUUCUUCAGCUGCUUUUA